AUUUGUGGUUUCACCUUUGCUAUUUCUUCCAAGUUAGAAUACUGAAAAGAAAUGAAUAUCUAGAAUCAGCCUCUGUUGUGCUUAAAUUAAUACGACUCCAAAAAUUCGGCCAAAGUGCUCCAUUUUCUGCGAAAGAGAAGUAAAAAACCUUCCUCAGCCCCGGAAGUAUGAUUUAUGUGUACAAGAAAAAGGGCCACACACUGUAAUUUCAAGUAAACAGUUUGUUGAAACAUGAGAAACUCAUGAUCAAACUGCCAUCCAAGCACCAUCUCCUAAGCAUCCAAUAAAAACCAGCCACGCCAUCUAAAUAGCUCUAAAACAAGUAGACAAGUUUUUCUUCUUCAAUCUCUACUUUACUUAAUAAUUACUGAUAUUUCAAAUCAAACUUCUUCCAGAUUCUAAUGAUUUCUCAUAUCAUCAUCUCAGGAAAUCAGGAAUCACAGCAAAAGGAGUGAGGCAGAGAAGAAGGUGGCCUGGCAUAUGCUGUCAAUCAGCAAGAAAAUGAGAGGAAAAUCAGUUCCAUUGAAGGUUAUUGCUGCCCUAUGUAUAGCAUGCUUUCUUGCAGGAACCCUGUUUACCACACGGACAAGGCCCCCGCCGCGGCUCCAACACGCGGACGAAUGUGAUCAUAAUAAGCGCAAAUUGGGGGAGAAGAUUCCGAGCGAUAGUGAUAUAAUGGGGGAAGUGAUGAAGACACGCGAAGCAAUCCAGUCACUGGAUAAAAGCGUAUCCUCGCUGAAGAAGAUGAAGACGGCAUCGAGUUCGAACGGGAGCAGCAGGGCGUUCGUGGUGAUAGGGAUAAACACGGCGUUCAGCAGCAAGAGGCGGAGAGAGUCGUUGCGAGAGACGUGGAUGCUGAAAGGGGAGCAGCUGGAGAAGGUGGAGAGGGAGAAGGGGGUGGUGAUCCGGUUCGUGAUAGGGCACAGCGCGACGCGCGGGGGGAUCCUGGACCGGGCCAUCGACGCGGAGGAGGCGGAGUACAGAGAUUUCCUGCGGCUGGAUCACGUGGAGGGGUACCACCAGCUGUCGACGAAGACGCGGCUGUUUUUCUCGACGGCGGUUGCGACAUGGGAUGCGCACUUCUACGUCAAGGUUGAUGACGACGUUCACCUCAAUUUGGGGAUGCUCCUCACCACGCUCGCCAAGCACACAUCCAAACCCAGGACCUAUAUCGGCUGCAUGAAGUCCGGCCCUGUGCUUUCUCAGAAAGGUGUGAAAUAUCACGAGCCCGAGUACUGGAAAUUCGGGGAAGAAGGGAACAAAUAUUUCAGGCAUGCAACUGGCCAAAUCUAUGCAAUCUCCAAGGACCUUGCGCAUUAUAUUUCCAUAAAUUCAGACAUCUUGCACCGGUUCGCAAACGAGGACGUAUCUUUGGGUGCAUGGUUGAUCGGAUUGGAAGUGCAGCAUGUGGACGACCACUCUAUGUGCUGCGGAACGCCUCCGGAUUGCGAGUUCAAAACUCACGCGGGGAGUGUGUGCGUGGCAUCAUUUGAUUGGCAAUGCAGUGGGAUAUGCAAAUCAGUAGAGAGGAUGAAGAAAGUGCACAGUGCGUGUGGAGAAGGUGAUGACGCUAUUUGGAGCGUCCAUCUCUCCAUUUAAUUUUCAUUACCCAACCGCACCAUUAUUUUCCCAUUUUCACUUCCUUUUGGAUUUCAUUAUUACUUUAAUCAUCAAUAAAUUAAUUGAAUCACUACUA